AUGGCUCUCGCCCCCCUCACCAGCAGCCUGUGGCCCUACCUCGGUGCCGCCAUAGCACUACUGCUGACACCAAGAAUCCUCGCCAGAAGCAACCCAGACACCAAAGCCCAAGAGAAGGGGAAGAAGACUAACGAGGCCGAAGCAGCCUCUGAAAUCGAGCCCCUAGAGAACUUUCAAUGGGACCAAACCGAGCCCUUGGCCCUGCGCCCCUUCAAGCCGCGGUACCACAUCACAAUGGGCAAGAGUCCAAACCUUCCCAAUCUCAACCCUAAUCCAAAUCGAAAAACACUAUUUGGAGCGUCUGCACCUCCGCAACAAGGUCCUACAAACCCAGCGCCCCUCCGUCCUAGGCGCCAGCCCGCGCUCCACGCCCGCCCCUUCAUCGGCUGCUUCCCCAACGGCUUCCGAUGUUUCGACAAAUUCACCAAAUCGCUUGCGGACAUCCACGCGCCCGUACCGGAUUAUACGAGGAAGUUGCGGCCGAGUAUGGAUCGGUAUCUUUCACGGUUAUCCGUGGGAAGUCUUGUUGGGAGGGAGAAUUGGUCUGUUUCGGUUGCCGGGGAGUUAUUUGCGCUGGAUGGGAUGCAUCUUUACCACGGGGAGGAGGUGGAGGAGCUCGGGGCAUUGGAUUUUGAGAAGGCGCAGUUGCGGUGUGAGAGGCAGGUGCUCUUCCGAUUACCUGUCACAAAUGCGAUUGUGUUUGUCGUCCGCACGUAUAUGUAG